UCAGCAGGAGGCGGAGAUGUUCAUGAGCCUGGAACCUUCACCACCAAGUAAGAGGAACAUAACUGUUCUUUGUGGAUUCUCCAUGAUCUCCCACCCAGAGGAGCCGCACUUUCUCUCUAUCCCACCCAAAGAUCCUCGUCUUCAUGGGAUUCGAGUCCACCACCAUCUGAUCCGGUGUGUGUGUACCGAUCUCCUUUAGAACCUCCGACCUUCUUCUGCUCUGACCACACUGGUCUCCGGAUCUUUUGCGAUGGAAUCCUCAGAAGAAAGUCAGGGCUUAUUGAAAAGAUCUCCACACUCUCCCGGUCCCAUCACGGAUCCAGAUAAAUCACAGACUCAGACGGAGGUGCAGACCCAGACCUGCUCGAUUUCUGUAGGGACGUCAGUCUCUGAGAGACCCCGCGCCCCCCACGUAAAUCAGCAGAACAGAAGAUUUAAGAAGAAGCCUGUAAAGUUGCAACAUAAGGAAGAUCUAGGUGAAGGAACGUCAGCCUUCGAUGGACACGUCACCUCUGAGGAUGAAGGGAAUGAAGGAUUCCAGAUGAACACUGUAAAAGAGGAGUUUGACGAGGAAGGUCAUGUAGGUGGAGGAGCGUCCAUCUCCGUGGUGGUGGUCACUUCUGACCAAGAGCACGAGGAGGAGUUUGAAGAUGAAGAUUAUCUCUACUGUGAGGGCUGCAAAUCCUACUUCAUCAACAAGUGUGAGCUUCACGGUCCGGCUCUCUUCGUCCCCGAUACCCCCGUCUUCAUGGGGGUGGCCGACCGAGCCAGACAAACCCUCCCGCCUGGCCUGGAGGUCCGGGAGUCCGGCGUUCCCGACGCGGGUCUGGGGGUGUUAAAUAAAGGCGCGACCGUUCCGCUCGGGACUCACUUCGGACCCUAUCAGGGGGAACUGGUGGAUGAAGAGGAAGCCAUGAACAGUGGAUACUCCUGGGUGGUCUCCAAGAGGGGGCACGGUGAGGAGUACAUUGACGCUAAGAGAGAGACUCAUUCUAACUGGAUGAGGUACGUGAACUGUUCCCGUACCGAUGAGGAACAGAACCUGGUGGCGUUCCAGUACAGAGGGGAAAUUUAUUACCGCUGCUGUCGACCCAUCGAACCGGGGCAGGAGCUCUUAGUGUGGUACGAGGAGGGGUACGCCGAAGAUCUCAGCAACACGUUCGACUACUUGUGGAACAAAAAGUGCUGCUCAAACGAAACGAACAGCACUUUGUCGCAAGCCUUCUUCUGCUCCCUGUGUCAGCUUUCCUACACCUCCCAAAUUUACCUCUACAAGCACAUCCGGAGGUGCCACUAUGACCAGUACGAAAUAUUGGUGAAGUCGGGGGAGAGCGGUUAUGAGAACCUGGCGGCCGCCACAAGCUCCGGCGGUCAGAAAGGGCCCCCUGCUGACCCCAGCGCUAAACCCACAACCGGGCGAAGGAAAAAAAUCCAUCAGUGCUCGGAGUGCGGGAAGACUUACAACCGGCGGAGUCUUCUGAUAACGCACCAGCGCGUUCACACCGGAGAGAAGCCGUUCGAGUGCUUGGAGUGCGGGAAGAGGUUUCCCGGCCGCAAUCAUCUCAGACUGCACCAUCGCGUUCACACCGGAGAGAAGCCCUAUCAGUGCUCGUACUGCGACAAGAGGUUCAUAAACACCAGCAAUCUUCUGCGGCACCAGCACGUUCACACCGGAGAGAAGCCGUUCCACUGCGCGGACUGCGGCAAGAACUUCGUCCGGCAGAGUCAUCUCAUAACGCACCAGCGCACUCACACCGGAGACAAGCCUUUCCUGUGCUCGCUGUGUGGAAAGAGCUUCGCCAACAGCACCAACCUCAAAAAGCACCAGCGCGUUCACAGGGGCGAGAAACUGUACCACUGCUCGCAGUGCGAGAGGAGCUUCGUGGACAGCAGCGGCCUCAAAAAGCACCUGCGCCUGCACACCGGGGAGAAGCCGUACUGCUGCUCGUACUGCGGGAAGAACUUCACGCACCAGAGCAACCUUCAGCAGCACGAGCGCGUCCACACCGGGGAGAGGCCGUUCCACUGCUCGCUCUGCGGGAAGAGCUUCAGCGAGAGUAGCAACCUGAAGAAGCACCAGCGCGUUCACACCGGAGAGAAGCCGUAUCAGUGCUUACAGUGUGGCAAGAGGUACAGCGACGGGAGUUACCUCCAGCUGCACCAGCGCAUUCACACCGGAGAGAAGCCCUAUCACUGUUCAGUCUGCGGGAAGGAUUUCGCCUACCAGAGCGCCUUCGUGACGCACGAACGUCUCCACACGGGAGAGAAGCCGUACCAGUGCCCACUCUGUGGCAAGUGUUUCAGUCGGCUGAGCCACCUCCAGGUCCACAAGCGCACCCACACCACGGAGGACCUGCUCAACUGCCUGGAGUGUGGACAGAACUUUAAUGAUGAGAAUUCGUAUAAGAAACACAAAUGCGCCAACGUGACGCUCGAAGACGUGGAGAAGAAAGAUUAGCGCUCCACUGGUCAACACGAAGCCAAACGUUCGUUUCUAUAGAGCUUAUUACCAUAGAACAGAGAUCGAGGUCCAAAACCCCAUCGAGCAAGGCUAGACAAGUCCCUAAACGUUAUAAGAACGAAACCUAGAGCGGACCAAGAUUCAGAAGUGACCCUUGUCUCUUAGAUGGCCUAGAUUUAGGGUUUAGGGUCUGGUUCCAUUAGUUGUUAGCUUUUUAUUUAGCUUUAUUGUCUGGACUUCCUCUUUAGGGUGGAUAGUACUGCUUUUUAUAUUGCAUUUUUAAUGUUUUCCAUUGAAAUGAAGUAGGUAAAAGAGUAUGUAUUAGUAACGAAAGCUUCUCGA